AUGCAAACAGAUAAACUUUUAGCUUAUUUUCAGACAACUGAAGCAUCUGAUAGUGCUACAUGGUCUGUCAAUGACGAUGCAAGUGAUGGUGAUGAAUCUUCAAUAUCUGUUACUAGUCAUGAUGGAGCUGAAGACGAACAAGAUUCAAAGUUUUCAACAAUGAUAACAGAUGAUACUUCUGAUGAGAUAGAUGAUGUUAAAAUCGAUGAUUAUCUUGAUGCUCAUAGUGACACUUCUCAUCUGUCACUAUCAACAAAAAUAGUGAAAGACUCAGAAACAACAGAAAAUCGUGGAAUUGCAGAAACAAUGUUAGAAGAUUUAAAAAAAGAAAUGGAAAAACUCAAAAGUGCUCGCGAUGAUGAAAGAGAAAAAGCUAUGCUACAAUUAAACUCAUCUAAAGAGAGAUCACAUGAACUCGAAGAAACAUUAGCUCAAACUCUUCAAAAGACUGAACAAUUGAAUGAUGAACUUAAAAAAAUGAAAAGAAAAGAAGAAAAAAUAAAAGAAAUAGCCAAUACUAUUCAAACAAUCAAAUAUAUUAAAAUUGAAAGAAGUAUUUUGUAUGACUUUAUAAUACCAAAACAAGAAUCAAUACUUGAUUAUUUACAAAGAACAAAACAAUUAGAUAAGUUUUUCAUUGAUAAAAUACCAAAAAUGACAUUCAAAGAAAGCGAUAAUACAUUUUCAUUAACUAUAACUGGUAUUCAAGCUCACCACGAAGCAUUUAAAGAAAUCUUAAAAAGAAUAUUAACUUUGUCAAAUAUAAAACAACGAGCUAUUGAGUUUUAUCAAAGACAUCUUAGACGAAUAACAACAUCAAUAAAUAAGACACUUUUUCAAGUUCAACCAAACACUAAAUAUUGGAAACAAUAUAGCAAAUUCUUAUAUGAGUUAUUAAAAACAGAAAGUGCUCAAUAUCAGGCAAAAUUCAAAGACUUUAUUGGACUCAAAACCUUAGCAUGUAGUGAGUUAUUCAUUCUAAGUGAUUCUAGAUCACCAUGGGUUGAAAUAAGAAAAGCAACUAAUUCAUUUAUGACACAAACUUCAUUUAUAAAUGAUAUUGAACGACUGAAACGUCAAGCAUUAGACAAAUUUAUUGAACUAAAUAUUUCUUUUCAACGAAUAAAAAUUUCAAUGAAACCAACGAAAACUUCAAUCAACACUCUCAAACAUUUUAUCGAAAAAAUUACACAGAUGUUCGAAGAAGAUCAUAAAUAUAUUGGUCACGAGAAAAAAAAUUUUCGUCAUGUCCCACACUUAUUACAACGAUUAAUGGUUUAUUAUUGUUGUUUUACUAUUCAAUUACCUUUAUAUGAAUCAUCAAUUGAAUUAUUAAAAACAAUACAGAAGAAUACAGUAAUUACCAUAUCCACAUCAACUGGUUCAGGAAAAUCAACAUUGCUACCAGCUUUGUUGCUUGCUGAAGGAUAUGAUAAAGUAUUCGUAACACAACCUCGUCGUUUACCUUGCAGUUUAAUUUGUGAUCGUGUUAAUAAAACGAUGACAACUGAUACAGAUCCCAAUUCAAAAAAAUUAGCUGGAUGGGCUGUUAGUGGUGAUGAAAGUAAUUCAAGAGCUAAAAUUCUUUAUUUAACAGAUGGAUUAUUGAAAGAACGUUUACUUAAUGAUGAAAAUUUUAUUACCAAUCAUACACUAGCUAAUAAAUCUAUUGUGAUUUUUGUCGACGAAGUUCAUGAAAGAUCUGUAAAUAUUGAUCUUUGUUUAGCAUUAAUAGCUCGUAUGUUAACUGAUAAUCGAGCAUUAUCAUCGAGAAUCAAAGUUAUUAUCUCAUCUGCUACAUUACAUCCAUCUGUACCAAAAGUUUUUCAACAAAUAAAUCAUCUUAAGUUUUCAGAAUUCGCAAAACCAUUAAUGGGUACUCUUUAUCCUGUAACAAAAUUUAAACGACCAAAUGCAAAUAUAAUAAAUAUUGUACAAGAAUUAUAUAAUAAACGAGAAAGACAAGAUCAAAUAUUAUGUUUUGUUAAUUCAGUUUCAGAAGUUAAUCAAUGUUGUCGUUUAUUAGCUGAAAUAAGUCAAAAAACAAUUGUUGCUUAUCCAUUAGUUCAAUCUCAAUCAUCAUCUACUCAAAAAGAAUAUCUUCGAAAAGGAAGUGUGUUCUUUUCAACAACAGUUGCUGAAACUUCUUUAACAUUUCCAUCAUUAAAAUAUGUGGUGGAUACGGGUAUGAUUAAUAUUCCUGUUUUUGAUAUUGGAACUCAACGAAUGAUAUUGAAAGAAGUGCAUGCAGCUGAAUCAACCAUAAAACAACGUUCUGGACGUUUAGGAAGAACACAACCUGGAGAGUAUUAUGCUCUGUAUGAUUUUGAUCCUAAAAAAAAACCAUUUCCAGUACCACAAAUAUGUCAGUCGGACCUAAUUAGUAUUGAAUUUUCAUUGCGAAAAUCUCCAUUGAAAAAUGGUUUAGAUUAUAUGAAACAAUUUUUACCUGAACAACCUAAACCAGAAGCUAUUUAUUAUACCACACAUGAAUUAAUACGGAUGCAGGUUUUGAAGGAAAAUUCCAAUGAAUUGACAGCCUAUGGUAAAUUGCUUGCUAAAUUACCUGAUUUUGGUUCUUUACCUAUGACACGAUGUGUAUUAGCUGCUCUUCGAAAGUACAAUUGUGGACGUGAUUUGAUUUGUCUUGCAUCUAUUCUAAGUGUUUUAAAUACAACAAAUCUGUUAACACAAAUACCACAACAUUUUAAAAGUUCCGAUGGUGAUUUCAUGACACUUUUAAAUGUAAUGAAUGAAAUUUUAUUAAUUAAACAAUCUGUUCCAGCACGAUCAUUCAUAUUAGCACGUGUCUGUGAAGUGAAAGGUCUUAGUCACAUACGACAUAUUAUUGGACAAGCAUUAAGACGAUAUAAUAUUUUAGAACAAGCAUUUGAUCUUUCAAAUGAUUAUCGUGAACAAGCUCAAAUUCAAUGUGGUAAUUGGGUAUUAAUAGCCAAAGCAUUAUUAGCUGGUUAUUCUGACAAUGUUUUUGUUUCUAAAAGAGAUUUACAAGAUCGAACUCAUCAUUUUCUACGUUAUGGUAAUGUGAAUGAUACAGCUGUUUUAGACUUAAAAUCAACAUUAAUACAACCGAUCAGUCAACCGCCUGUAUCUCUUGUCGUAGCACGAAAUAUUCUUUAUUUGAGUUCUGUUCGUUUAAUAGCUGUAAUUUCAUUCUUAGGAAAAAUAAAAGCUGAUUGGAUUGAACAUGAUGUUGAACGACAUAUAAAGUUAAAUGAAGCCGAAGAAAAUUUACUUAAAGUUCAUAAUGGAUAUUCAACUGCAAGAACAAUCUUUGCAAACACCAUUCGGAUGGGAUUAAAUAAUCAACUUCUUAGUUUAACUGGAAUAGCAGGUGUUACACUCAAUAGUGAAUUAUAUUUGCUUCAACAAUUAAUUGUUCAAGAAACAUUUUCUUUACAAAAUAAUAAUAGACAAGACUCUACAGCAUUUAAGAACUUAUCACAAAAUUUAUUCAGUGUGACAAAAAUGACUCAAAUAUUUAAUCCAAUGAUUCGACGAUGGGCAGCUCAAAAACAAGUUACAAUAACAGUAAAUAGUAAUGCAGUCACUAAAACAUGUGACAUAACAGUGAAAGGACGAGAUUCGGAAAUUAGAAAAGUCAAAGAAGAAUUCGAUUCCUUUUUAGGUUGGUUACAAACGUGUGCUGUUGUUAGACACCCGAAUUCAGGUGUUUCUCCACGUCUGCUUCGUGCUCAAGUGCGUGCUAAUUGUGAAGAUAUUGAAGAAAGAAUUUCUCAUAUUACAGAUACUAAACGAACAUAUAUCGAUUUGUAUAAUAAUGCCAAAGGCUCAAAAGCGACACGUGAAACACGAAUGGAAGUUGUUGCUUGGGUAGCUGUUUGUAAAUUUAAUUGUAAAUUAGAAGGUGGUUUUGUUCGAGAUUGGGUGGUUGGAAAAAAUACAGCACGGCCAGCUAUUGCAAAUUCAAAGGAUUGGAUUGAAUAUAAGGCAAAUUAUCACGGUAUAAAUAUUCCUUAUAUGAAUAAGGAAGUUGUUCCAGCUGAUUUAGACUGUCAUUUACCAACAUAUGGUUCAUUUGAUAUUGAAAAAUUUCAAGAUGAACUUCAUAAAUUUGAUAUCAAGUGUGAAUGUUUUCGAGAAGAAUGGAGAUAUAUUUUAUUAAUUGAUGGCGAUGUUCGAACUGGACCAUUUACUAUGGAUCUAAUUGAACCACAUGUUGCAUUAACUCACGAUCGUAUUGAUUUUGAUGUUAGUAAUUUGGUAUUAGAAAAAAAUUAUACGCGUGACUUAGGAAUGCGUAUUGAUAUUCAACAAAAACCUUAUUCAAUUGAACUUGAAACAAUUGUUAAUAAUAUCAAAAAUAAACAAUUUUAUGUUCUUCGUAGUAUUGACAGUAAACUCAGUGAACGUAUUGAAAAAAUGACAAAAAUUCGUCAUUGGAAACAAUUAGAGCCAACAUUUAAUGUUUUACCAAAUCCACCUUUAAAAUGUAAUGCACUUCUUGUACCAUUACAUUAUACGAGUAUUACAUAUCAAGCUCUAUUAAAACAAAUGCAACUAAUCAAUCCUUACAUAGAAAUUAAAUCCAUUGAGGAAAUUAAAAAUCCAUAUUUGGAAGAGAUCUAUGAAGGUAUGAAAAAAGUAAUCAGUACACAAUGUCUAGGAUUUAAUCCAAAUGAACGUGAACUUUUUCAUGGUACAAGUGGUGAUGGAAUUAUUGGAAUAACAGAAUAUGGUUUUGAUGAUCGGUUUUAUAAUCCAGAUGGAGCUUGGGGUCAUGGUGCCUAUUUCGCCGAUGAUGCGCGAAAAUCGCAUAAUUAUACAAAUCCUCCUGCAGCAGAUGGAUCACGCGUGAUAUUUUAUAAUAAAGUGCUCUUAGGCAAUGAGUCAAUCUAUUCGACCGCCAAUAAAUCAUUAGUAUCUGCACCACAAGGUUAUCAUUCAGUCAAAGGAACGGCAUUUACUUAUAAAGAAUACAUAGUUUAUCGCUACGGUCAAGCCAGACCUUAUCUAAAAGUCACUUAUAAAUCUUGA